GGAGAAAGGUGAAGAGAAAGGCCAAUGAAAAAGGGAUUGUGAAGUAGACGGGAAGCGCUUGGCCCUGGUGUAUGUGCAGAAGACAGUCAUGGUUGGUUCUUUCGGCCUGCUGGUCCUCCUGUGCUCUCUCCCGUCCGUGGUCCCCCUGAGAUGCUAUACCUGUCUGUUCCCUGCCAUUACCCCUCUUGACUGCCUGAAGUUCCCUCUGGAGUGCCCUCCUGAGCAGCGCUGUCUGGCCAGCACCGCCAUCGGCACGCGGGGAGAUGCUUACCCUGUGAUCUUGUACGAGAAAAGCUGUGCUGUCGCCUCCCAGUGUGGUCUGUCAGGCCAGAAAUAUGCCAUGGGCCUCAACUUCACCUACACCAACGAGUGCUGUGACACGGACCUGUGCAACACUGCCCCCUACAGGCCUGGAGCCAUACUCUCCCUCCUGCUCCCUCUCUUUCUCGUUCUUGCUCUGUGGUGAUUUGUCCUCCACAAAAUGGCCGCCCAUACUCUGGUCAUCUUCAAGCUCAUUCCAAUCGCGUUUUUUCUCCUCUUUUCCUCGUGUAGGGGGAAAAUUCACAGAACAAAAGAUCUCCCUCCUAAAAGCAUGACAGACAAUCACAAGUCAAAAUCAGUCUCCACCUUAGUGAGCAGGCUGGUUCCUCCAAAACUCUCGACGAUAUAUACGCUAAAAGUGUAUCAAUAUAUCCGCGCCCCCCUCUGGUGAGCCAGCUUGCACAUCACCACAG